UCUCGUCGGGUAACGGGACGGCAGCGGAGGACGAAGCGUCUGUACUUCCUCAGGUCGGGGGCUGCGCUUCGUAUCUUGGGACGAUAACAUAAUUAGAAGUAAGUUUCGCGUGUCUCUUCAUACGAAAUGACGCGCUGAUUUCUAAGCGGAGUGAAGUAAACACUACCGUGUUGUUAUAGUCCACAGACAGCGCUGUGUCGAGAUUUGUAGUUCUCCUGUAGUCAACUACUUGCGAUAAAGAAACCAACACAAGACUCCGGGAUGCAGAAAGAAGAGUCGGGACCGCCGAGUGGCUCCCAGGAGACCAAGGAAACCAAGGUACCCAAGGACGUCCAGAGUAAAGCGGGCGGCGGUGCAGAGAUCAUGCAGGCUGCGGCCGCCCCGCCGGGCAUCCAGGCCGUCGACGUGCUGUGGACCUUCGGGAAGUGCCUGGGCGCCCUGCUGCCCGUGUACCUGGCCGGGUACUACCGCUUCAGCACCAGCUUCCUGGUGUUCGGCAUGAUGAUCUACACAGGCUGGAAGCACGCCCGGGAGGCCAAGGAGGCUCGGCACCGCUCGGCCGUGGAGCUGUUCGACAACGAGCAGGAGCACACCUCCAAGAGAGUCGCCAAGAGCAAGAGAGACCUGCCCGCCUGGGUCAACUUUCCAGAUGUGGAAAAGGUGGAAUGGCUUAAUAAGCUUCUGCUAGCUGGAAUAUGGUCGCACAUCUUCUGACGGUGUCGUGUUCCAGCCUGGCCACGCCCCCACCGC